GUCGCGUUCACCUUUUGUUGUUAUCGCUUAAUAAGUAUUAAACCGGUUGCGCUCUACAUAUAAGUGUUCAAACGCAUCAAGUGCUCCGCCUAAUGUGGUAGUCGAGUUCUUUCGGUUCGCAUUGUAGUAAAAAAAAGACGCAAUCAAAUCAAAACGAAACAUGUCUGAAUUGAAAAAAAACGCUAAAAUCGGCAUUGUCGGCAGCGGUCUCAUCGGACGCUCUUGGUCCAUGCUGUUCGCCUCGGUUGGCUACCAGGUGGUGCUCUACGACAUCCUGCCCGAGCAGGUGCAGGGCGCAUUGAAGGCAACGCAGAAGGAAUUGGUCGAACUGGAGGGCAAGGGCUUGCUGCGCGGCAAACUGAAUGCGGCGCAACAAUUUAGCUGCAUUUCGGGCACCAACGAUAUCAAGCAACUGGCCAAGGGUGCCAUCUUUAUACAGGAGUGCAUACCAGAGAAGCUGGAGUGGAAGCAGGAGCUGUUCAAGAAACUCGACGAUGUUGUCGAUAGCAACACCAUCCUUUCAAGUUCCACGAGCACGUUCCUGCCCUCCCUCUUUACCGCGAACCUAAUGCACAAACAUAACACUGUUGUCUCCCAUCCCGUUAAUCCGCCCUACUAUGUGCCGCUGGUGGAAAUAGUGCCAGCGCCCUGGACGAAGCCAGAGGUCGUGCAGAAGACGCGCGCCCUAAUGGACGAAAUUGGUCAGAAACCCGUUACGCUGUCGCGUGAGAUUGAGGGCUUUGCCCUCAAUCGCAUUCAAUAUGCCAUUCUGAACGAAACCUGGCGUCUGGUCGAGGCGGGCAUACUCAACGUCAAGGACAUUGAUAGCGUUAUGAGCGACGGCCUGGGCAUGCGUUAUGCCUUCCUGGGGCCACUGGAGACGGCGCAUCUGAAUGCCGAGGGCAUGGCCAACUACUUUGAGCGCUACUCGAAAACUAUCUAUGCGGUCAGCGAGACCAUGGGCCCUACACCCAAAAUGGAAGGACCCACUGCCGAGGAUAUUGCCGAGCAGCUGAAUGAAAUGGUGCCGCUGGACAAGCUGGUGGAACGCCGAACGUACCGUGACAACUGUCUGACUCACCUGAGCUUGUUGAAGAAUAAGCUCAAUAACAAAUAAAUAUUAUCACAAAUUAAAGCUGUUCAAUUCAGUUUACAGCAACAGACAA